AUGGGCUUCUUCAGCACCCACGCGUCUGGGACGCUCGACCCUCCCGAGGUGCGCAACUGGCGCAUUCACUUGAUUGCGCUCGUAGCCAGCAUGUCUGCUUUGGCCAUGGGUUACGAUACGGCGGUCAUUGGAGGAACCAUGGCGUUGGACUCCUUCCGACGCGAUUUCCACCUCGACGAAGUCAGCACCACCAUGCGCGAUACCAUCCAGGGCAACAUUGUUUCCACUUUCCAAGCCGGCUGCUUCUUCGGCGCUCUAUUCACAUUCCCUAUUGCUGAAAAGUUCGGACGAAGGAAAACGGUUAUGCUUGCCGGAACUGUCUUUCUUCUCGGUGGAACCCUCAUGACCGCAGCCCGAGGAAGCCUGAACAUGAUUUACGCCGGGCGCGCCAUCGCCGGACUCGGAAUUGGAGCCUCCUCACUCACUGUCCCCGUAUAUAUCGCCGAGACCGCGCCUCCUUCCAUUCGUGGCCGCUUGGUCGGUAUCUUCGAAAUCGCUUCCCAAGGCGGCGGCAUGCUGGGCUUCUGGAUCAACUACGCCACCGACAGGACAGUAAACGUGAACAACCACGCGCAAUGGAUCAUCCCCCUCGGUCUGCAACUGGCGCCCGGUCUGGGUCUUGCUCUCGGUAUGAUCUGGUGCCCUGAGUCCCCUCGUUGGCUCGCUCGCGGAGACCAUUUCGAGGCUGCGGAGAAGAUUCUGGUCAACAUUCGUGGCCUGCCUGCAGACCACGAGUACAUCCGUCGCGAAAUGAACGACAUCCGCACCCAGGUCGAGGAACGCACCAACAACCGCAUGACCAAGAAGCAGAUGUUCCAGAAACUCUUCCAGAAGGGCAUCCGCAACCGCAUGGGUCUCGGCAUGGCUCUCAUGUUCCUCCAGUCUUUCACCGGCGUCAACAUCAUCACAUACUACGCGCCCCGCAUUUUCGAGAGUCUGGGUAUCUCUGGAACCUCCACUAAGCUCUUCUCUACUGGAUUCUACGGUAUCGCGAAAACCUUCGGCAUGUUCCUCUUCACAUUCUGGGUUGCUGAGCGUGUUGGUCGCCGUAAGGGUCUCAUCUGGGGAUCCGCACUCGGCUGUAUUCCGAUGUUCUACAUCGGAGGGUAUGUUAUGCGCGCCGACCCCGCUGCAAGGGCUGCAGCCGGAAUCGUCGAACGUGAUGGAUGGGGAUACCUCGCAAUGGCGUGUGUAUACAUCAAUGGUGUCAUUAUUUGCGCCACAUGGCAAGGUAUCACUUGGCUGUACGCCUCGGAGGUCCAGACCCUUGAGAUCAGGAUGUUGGCAGUGUCCAUCACCACCGCCACCACCUGGCUUGGUUCCUUCAUCAUCGCUCGCUCCACGCCCUACAUGAUCUCGGAUCUCGGUUACGGAGCCUACUUCUUCUUCAGUGCCAUCCUCGUAUGCAUGGGUAUCUGGGCAUUCUUCUUCGUUCCGGAAACAAAGGGAUUGACUCUCGAAGACAUGGACACGCUGUUCAUGAACCCGACUCACAAGACCGUGUGGGCGCAAAUGAGGGGCAAAGACGUAGUCUCGGCCGGACGUGCCAGGUCGCCAUCCAUCACCGACGAGAAGUUCGAGGCAAACAUCGAAGCAGCCCAGGUUGAGCGCACCAAGUCAUGA